CACAGGUGUCGCAGUAGACCCUUCAACUGUCUGGCAGCAAAACAUACUUCCUUACUAUUUAAAUGAUUAUCAUCCCAAGAAUGUUUUUAAUGUCAAAGAGACUGGGCUGCUUUAUCGAAUGCUACCGACAAAUACGUUUGCAUUUAAAGGAGAAACGUGCUCAGUUGGAAAGUUAUGCAAAGACAGAAUAACUCUGGUGGUGGGGGCAAACAUGGACGGCUCAGAGAAACUUCCUUUGCUUGUCAUUGGAAAAAACAGGAACCCACAUUGUUUCAAAGGCAUAAAAUCACUGCCUGUGUGUUAUGAAGCUAACAAAAUGGCAUGCAUGACCUCUGAUGUAUUUGAACAAUGGAUGCAGAAGCUGGAUGAGAAAUUUCAAGCCCAGCAAAGAAGAGUGGUGAUUUUUGUUGAGUCUUUUCCUGCACAUCCAGAGGUAAAAAACCUCAAGUCCAUUGAGUUAGCGUUCUUUCCAUCAUGUUUAUCUCCCAAAUUUGUAGCUAUGAAACAAGGUGUUAUUAAAAGCCUUAAAAUCAAAUAUCGGCAUUGUCUUAUUAAGAAAUUUUUAAGCUCCGUUGAAGGCAGCAAAGAAUUUACAUUUUCCCUGUUCGAUGCCAUUGAUACAUUACAUGUCUGUUGGAGGGCUGUGACCCAAGAGACUAUUGUUAAGAGCUAUGAGGAGGCAGGAUUUAAAUCUCAAAAGGAAGAAAGUGACGAGACAAAUGUUGAGACAGACACUGGUCUGGAUUUGGUUGCUCAUGCCCAGGCAGCAGGAGUGGAAUUUCCCGAAGGCUUGUCUAUAGAAGAGUACGCUGCCCUGGACGACGAUUUAGAGACAUGUGAAGCAGGACCAAGUGGUGAUGCUGUAUGGACCAAGGAAAGUGAAUCAGAUGAAACUGGAUUUUAUGCUUCUGAUGAAGAGGAUGACGGUGAUUCUCUGGGAACUGAACUCCCUUUGCCGUCAAAAAAUGAGGCAAGAACCGCUUUAGAUACUCUGAAACGUUUUCUUAGACGUCAAGAUAUAAAUGAUGGGCUUCAUAAUUCUUUAGCAGACCUUGAAAUUUUUAUCAACUCUUCAGUAUCUAAGUAAUCAUUUACUGAACAACAUCUGAAGAUAAUAGUUUUUUCUAAUGUAUUUUACUAAAAAGGUAUGUAAAGGGGAAAUACCACUUAAACAUAAAAAACAAAAAAACUAAUCAUCUUUGGUUUAAUUGCAGAUGUUUUUAGUCUGAAGAGGAAAGUUCCCUAGGUAGAUUAAAUAAUGAGUAAGUAAGUGAAAAAUAUAAAUUUCAAUUUAGCAAGGCUUUGGGGAGUAGAAAAUGAAAUAGAGUCCUUGUACUUGAAACAUAUGGCAUAAAUGUCAAAAAUAAAAAGUACUCUCCAGCCAUUUGAUUCAUACAGGUUGAAUUGGUGAUUGCUAUUUUCUGUUUUUUAAGUUAAGAUCAUGUUCUAAGAUAGUUUAUCUACCUCAUCUAAGAAACAAAAUAUCUAUUGCUUAGACAUUUAUUUUUAUAAACAUACUCAAACUAGACUCUUAAGUAUCAAGUGUUAAUUUUAAAUUAUUUUUCUUAUAACUAAUCAUCAUAAUAAAAACUAUGAAAAACUGCUGAAAAUAAAAUCUUAUCCAGUUAUAUACCAGGAUUGAAAAUGUAUAUCUAACUUUCCAGUUAUUUCUGUAAAAGGUCGAAUGAAAGACUAGGACCUUAUCAGAUUUUUAAAAUCAUUUCUAACCAGAAGAUGAUGUAGACUCUUCCUAAAUAUUUGUAUUUAUAUGUGUGUGUUUAAAAAGUAUAUUAUUGCAACAUGUAUUAAACUCAUGAUAUUUUUAUUUUAAUAAGAUUAAUCUUAAAAAGUAAAUAUGGGAGAUCCUAUUGUAGCUCAGUGGAAACAAACUCAACUAGUAUCCACGAAGAUUCAGCUUCGGUCCCUUGCUUCACUCAGUGGGUUAAGGAUCUGGCAUUGCCAUGAGUUGUGGUGUAGGUCGCAGAUGAGGCUGGGAUCUGAGUUGCUGUGGCUGUGGCGGAGGCCAGGGGCCACAGUUCUGGUUCAACCCCUAGUCUGGGAACUUCCAUAUGCCACAGGUGUGGCCAUAAAAAGC